ACAAUAUAAGAACAAAUCAUUUAAAAUCAUAAAAAUAAAUAAUUUGCCCCUUCUUUCUUUAUAUGUGGCACUGGUUCUUCACUAGUAAUUAGUUCUGUCCGUCCUUGAUUUCAUAAUUCGUAUAUCAAAUUUUGUAUGUGAAUCUCUUCUCAUAUGAUGCGAGUAAUUGAGAGUGAUAACUGUAGUUAGAUUGGUGAAAUCAACUACGUUCAAUUUCGAAUCCUUCCAUUUGGUUUAUAAUAGUGUUUUUUACAAACCCCAACUUCUCAAUUUAUUCAAAAAAAAAAAAAAAACUCAAUUUAUUCACUCUCUCAAUUUUAUAGGAAUUUUAUCUUUUAUUUGUUUUGAAUGUAGUCAGUAUUUAGAAAAUAAUCAUAUUGCGUGGGAGCUACAAUAAAGAGUUUGGGGUGAGAGAAGUUGCAGAAACGAAAAAUGAAGAGAUUUUUCAAAGCAGUAGAGAAAGAUGGCUCUUUCAAGAAACCAGCUCUCUCCCCUCUCUCUUCACCCGCAAAAGAUUCUGAAAAACCAACAGAAAAUGCUGCUGCUACUGAGAACAACGAAACUUCAAAGAAAGAGCCUUCGAAAUUCUUGACAUGGAACGCAAAUAGUCUUCUGCUAAGAAUCAAGAACAACUGGACAGAGUUCUCCAAAUUCGUCGAGAAUCUUGACCCGGAUGUCAUCGCUAUACAAGAAGUAAGGAUGCCUGCAGCAGGUUCUAAAGGUGCACCUAGAAAUCCGAGAGAGUUCAAAGAUGAUACUAGCUCCUCACGCGAGGAGAAGCUGGUUGUGAUGCGUGCAUUGUCAAAUGCACCAUUCAGAGACUAUAACGUAUGGUGGUCUCUUUCGGAUUCAAAAUAUGCCGGAACUGCAUUAUUCAUAAAAAAGUGCUUCAACCCCCAAAAAGUGUCUUUCUCACUUGAUCAAGCAGGUUCAAAGCAUGAACCUGAUGGCCGGGUUAUUUUGGCUGAAUUUGAAUCAUUCCGUCUAUUGAAUACAUAUGUUCCGAACAAUGGAUGGAAAGAGGAGGAAUCCUCGUUUCAGAGGAGAAGAAAGUGGGAUAAGAGGAUUAAAGAAUUUGUUUUCAGAACUUCAAAUAAGCCCCUAAUUUGGUGUGGCGAUCUAAAUGUCAGUCAUGAAGAUAUAGACGUAAGCCAUCCCGAAUUCUUUGCCGCAGCAAAGCUCAAUGGUUAUGUUCCGCCAAACAAAGAGGAUUGUGGCCAACCUGGAUUCACACUGUCGGAGAGGACGCGUUUUGGCUCCAUUCUAAAAGAGGGAGCUCUGGUUGAUGCAUAUAGAUAUCUACACAAGGAUAAAGAUAUGGAGCGCGGAUUCUCCUGGUCGGGGAACCCUAUCGGGAAAUACCGUGGGAAAAGAAUGAGAAUCGACUACUUCGUUGUUUCAGAGAAAUGGAAGGACAGAAUUGUGGUUUGUGAAUCGCACGGACAUGGUAUUGAACUGGAAGGUUUUUAUGGUAGCGACCAUUGCCCUGUAUCUCUGGAGCUAUCUCAACUCAGUCAUGCUUGUUGAUGCUCCCCAUUUGUCUAUGGAUUAUUAGCUACAACUUGACAUCACAUUCUCCAACUGUUAUUUUAUGUACCAAACAAACAAAAUAUUUACUACGCCUUCGUAUGAUUAUUUGAUUAUACCC